AUGAUCAUUCGGGCAGAGAUCGCCGACUACGAUGUAGGUCGGGUGCUGAUCGACACCGGGAGUUCGGUGAACGUAAUUUUUGCCGAUGCGUUCAAGGGACUGGGGAUUGCCGACAGCAUGGUCAAUCGGCAAAUCACGCCUCUCCUUAGUUUUUCUGGGGAUCUGGUCCAGCCAGUCGGCAGUAUCAGUCUGCCCAUCGCCUUCGGCGUCGCCGCCAGGAAAACAUUGACCUACGACCAAUUCCUCAUUGUCGAUUGCCCAACGGCAUACAACAUCAUCGUAGGGCGAACGGCACUCACCAGGGUCAAAGCCCACUUAUCCCCCCACAUGUUGCUGAUGAAGUUCCCAACACGCAACGGUACUGGCGCACGGACGGACGUGCUAUGCCACAGCCCUUAA